CCCUGCCGACAGCAAGAAGAAGAAACCCCGCGCCGCUGAAGGCGAGGAAGCUCGGGACAGCCGGACUGCUCUGCUUCAGAAACAUCCAGACGAGGCCUUUCUCCAUUCCCUCCACUACCCGCUCCAUCCCUCACCACAGCCCCCAGCGCUGCCCCAGUCCAUGGCCCUAGUCUUACAGAGCUCCAGGACCAGGGAGGAAGAACUGAAGCAACACACCAGUGUGAUCCAGGCGACAGGGCGGGCCAGUAUUAAACCUUUGGCUCUGGUCACACAACCACGCAGGGAGGCCUCAUCCUCUCCUCAACCCACCAGACCCUUCUCCCUCUCCUCCUCACCUAAAUCCUACCCCCUUUCUUCCUCACCCAAACUGAACGCUGUCUCUUCUUCUCCCAAGCCCCUCUCCCUCUGCUCCUCACCCAAGCCCCUCAGUUCCUCACCCAAGCCCCUCAGUUCCUCACCUAAACCCUUGUCUCUGUCCACCUCAUCCAAGCCUCCCUCUCUGUCUUCCUCCCCCAAACCACCCACCCUCUCGCCCUCGCACAAACCCAAAUCUCGAACGGCCUCCCCCAAACUCCCCACCCUGUCUGACAGUAUGAAGGCGGGCGGCAGAACCUUCUUGGAUGAAACCUUGUUACACAUCAACAACUUUAAAUUGAAACAGGAGCACUUCAAACAGGCCUUCCCUCUUCCACUGACCCAUCAGGAUCUGUUCAAGAGCCCGAAGAAAAAGAAAAUGGCCGCCUCAUCAUCCUUGUCACUACCACCGCCCAAACUGUCUCCAGAGACCCUGAGCAGUCACACGCUCCCUUCUCCGCAUACCAAUAACUCCAACCUGUUCCUGGCCACCUCCUUCCUGGGCCCCCACCACAAUGGGGUGAUCCAUAGCACGGUGCAGGAUGCCCCCCUAGCCCUCAUCACCAAGCCUCGCAGUAUCAGUCAGAGCAGGAGCACCAACAACAAGUCUCUCCUGGCUGCCACCAGCCCGUCCUUCUCCAUGCCUGUCAACCUGAGCACUGGGACCAAGGAGCACAGUUCCGGAGGCCUGGCCUCUACCUCACCGGGCCUGGCCCACAGAGCUGGGAAGAGCAAGGCCCAGCACAAGGCUCUCCACAAGGGUAAGGAUCACCAGACCCAUCUGGUGCACUCCCUGGUGGAGCUGUUCCGGGGCACAGAGUCAGACAUCCUCGACAGCAAGGACUCGGACGACUCCGUAGAGGACGAUGACGAUGAAGAUGAUGACGACGAUGAGGAGGAUUCCGGCGACAGCCUAUCAGAGUCUGAGAGUAAUGUGGAGAGCGACUCGGACGGCUCUGAGGACAACGUGAAGGACCGCAACGAGACCACCACAGACCCGGAGGCAGAGAGGACCGCUCUGAAGCUCACCAAAGGCUCCUCUUCUCUACUCAACAACACCUCCUCCGGCCUCUCAGCCAGCUGCUCCCCUCUCAACCUCCAGGUCAUCAAGCCAGCCGGUGGCCUGCCCACCCCAGCCAUAGUGACCAGCUCUGGGGCCUUGGCCUACCACAGCACCCCCUCCUCCUCCUCCUCCACUCUCUGCUCCACUCCACCAGGAUCAGGGAAGAGAAGAAGAGUGACAGAUGAGAGGGAGCUGCGGACACCUCUACAGUUUGGGUGGCAGAGAGAGACACGUAUCCAUAAUGUGACAGGCCGUCUGCAGGGAGAUGUGGCGUACUACGCUCCGUGUGGGAAGAAGAUCCGGCAGUACCCUGAUGUCAUGAAGUAUCUGUCCAGAAAUGGAAUAAGUGACAUCACACGCGAUAAUUUUAGCUUCAGUGCAAAAAUAAGGGUUGGCGACUUCUAUGAAGCCAGAGAAGGACCCCAGGGUUUGCAGUGGAGCUUGUUGACCGAGGAGGAGGUGAUUCCUCGGAUCCUGGCCAUGGAGGGGAGGCGCGGGCGUCCCCCCAACCCUGAGCACCAGAGGACGGGUGACGAGAGCCCCCGGUCCAGGCGCAGAAAGGGCCGACGCCCCAACGUCGGCAAGGCCGACUUCCCAGGCGCUACUGACGCCAAACUUCUACGCAAACUGGAAGCUCAAGAGAUGGCUCGGCAGGCAGCCCAGAUCAAGAUGAUGAGGAAACUUGAACAGCAGGCCAUGGCACGAGCAGCCAAGGAAGCCAGGAAACAACAAGCAAUCAUGGCUGCUGAGGAGAAGCGGAAACAGAAGGAGCGAGUGAAGAUUUUAAAGCAGCAGGAGAAGAUCAAGCGCAUUCAGCAAAUUCAAAUGGAGAAGGAGCUCCGAGCGCAGCAGAUUCUAGAGACUAAAAGGAAAAAGACGGAAGAAGCGGCAAAUGCCAAAAUAAUGGAGGCUGAGAAACGAAACAAGGAGAAGGAGAUGAGAAGGCAGCAGGCAGUCAUUUUGAAGCACCAGGAGUUGGAGAGGCAUAGACUAGAUAUGGAGAGGGAGAGGCGGAGGCAGCACAUGAUGCUGAUGAAGACCAUGGACGCCCGUAAGAAAGCAGAGGAGCGGGAGCGCUUAAAGCAGGAGAAGAAGGAUGAGAAGCGGUUAAACAAGGAGCGGAAAUUGGAGCUUAGAAGACUGGAACUGGAAAUUGCCAAGGAGCUGAAGAAGCCAAAUGAAGACAUGUGCUUAGCAGAUCACAAGCUUCUCCCGGAAUUAUCCCGUAUUCCCGGCCUGUUUCUACCGGGAAGCAGCUUCUCUGACUGCCUGAUGGUGAUGCAGUUCCUGCGGAGCUUUGGGAAGGUGCUGGGCUUUGACGUGAACGCCCAUGUUCCCAACCUGAGUGUGCUGCAGGAGGGCCUGCUCAACCUGGGAGACAGCAUGGGACAGGUCCAGGACCUGCUGGUACGCAUGCUCUCUGCUGUGGUGUGUGACCCAGGACUGCCCCCAGGACACCGGACCAAGACAGCCCUGGGGGACCACCUGGCUAACGUGGGCAUUAACCAGGACAACGUGUCGGAGGCGCUUCAGAUCUACAUGGAGGCUCACCGUGACGAGACCGAGCUGCAGACCGAGCUGGGGGAGGUUACCGCCAGUCUGAAGACCAAGGCCUUCCAAGCCCACACACCCACACAGAAGGCCUCCGUCCUGGCCUUCCUUGUCAACGAGCUGUCCUGCAGUAAGAGUGUGGUCAGCGAGAUCGACAAGAACAUCGAUCACAUGACCAACCUGAGAAGGGACAAGUGGGUGAUCGAGGGCACGCUUCGCAAGCUGAGGACCAUCCAUGCCAAGAAGACGGGGAAGAGGGACAGCAGUAUGGGAGGAGAGGAGACACAGUCUCUGGGUACACCCAACCCCGGGCGCAAGCGCAAGAGGAAAGGAGGGGACAGCGAGGAGGACGAGGAUGAUGACGAAGAUAGCGAGGACCAGGGGGAUGAAGAUGAUGACGAGGAGGAGGAGGAGAGAGGGAAGAAAGGGAAGAAAGUGGAAACCUGCGAGGAGGAGGAUGACGGGGACCAGACAGCCAGUGUAGAGGAGCUGGAGAAACAGAUCGACAAAUUAACCAAGCAACAGAGUCAGAUCAGACGGAAGCUGUUUGAGUCGUCCCACUCGUUGCGCUCCAUGAUGUUCGGCCAGGACCGCUACAAGCGCCGUUACUGGGUGCUGCCACAGUGCGGGGGCAUCUUUGUGGAGGGCAUGGAGACUGGAAAAGGAGUGUCUUUACCAGGAGCAGAGGAGCUUGAGAGGGAGAGACUGAGGAGCACAGAGCUGGUCCACGUGAAGGAGGAGGAGGUGGAAAGGAGGCCAGAGGUGGAGGGGAGGCCAGGGAGCACUGACGGGGACAUGGCCACGCCAGACAAACACUCCCUCAACCUCUUCCUCCAGAAGCCCGGCUCCUUCUCCAAACUCAGCAAACUCCUGGAGGUGGCCAAGAUGUCCCCGGAUUCGGACAACCACAGUCAGAGCUGUAGUCCCAUCAAAGUCCCCACCACAGUGCCCUCCCCUAUCCACCCCACCACUCAGACUACACUACUCAGCAGCCCCUGUGCAGCUCCCUCUCCGCUGUGUCCGGAGGUGAAAGUGGAGCCUUCCACAGCUCUCUUCAGCCCGCCCUACCUCAGCGGCAACAGCAGCCCAGGGAAGAUGUCCUCCAGCUCCCUACAGCAGCAGCAGCUCCAGCCCAACGACCAGCUGUUAAGGGUGCUGAUGGAGAAGAGUGGUCACUGGUUCAGUCUGCUGCCCCGCUCCCCCUGUGACGAGUCCUCCACCACCACCCCUCCGGCCUUCUCCCCCCAGUCCUCCACCACCAGGCCCAAAUCCCCCUCCUCCCUGUCCCCUAAUAACCCAGCCACCACCUCAGCCAGCAACCGUACCACCGGGAUCAAUAACUUCUCUUUAUCAGCUCUCCAGCAGGUGAAGUCGGGGGUCCAUAUGAUGGGUCUGCCAUUCUGUGGCUGGCCCGGUGGCAUGAUGAGCACCACCCUGCCCUUCUCUGCCAGUCCUCUUCCACCCUCCAUGUUGAGCGCUGCCUACCACCAUGUGGAAGGUAAUGGCAACCCCUUCCUGGCAGCAUCCAGCCUCUCCAGCAGCAAGAGUAAGUCGCCAGUCCCUGCCGGAGAGAAGCUCCCCUCUGCCCCGCCCACUGUGGUGGAGGUGGCCAAGACCCAAGACUACCCCAACCCACUGCCCAUCCCAGAGGAGAUGCUGUCAGGCUGGUGGAGAGUGGCAGACAUGGAGGAGUUGAGGAGCCUGGUUAAGGCCUUGCACAGCAGAGGUAUCAGAGAGAAAGCCCUGCAGAAACAGAUCCAGAAACACAUGGAGUACAUUGCCCAGGCCUGCGCCAAGAACAGAGAUGUGGUGGUGAUUGAUGAGUCUGAGCUGGAGGAGAACGGGGUGAGCGAGGAGACGGUGGAGAGCUGGUGUGUGGAGGAGCAGGCCAUGGAGAUGGACAUCGCUGUGCUGCAGCAGGUGGAGGAGCUGGAGAGGAAGGUCACCUCGGCCAGCCUCCAGGUCAAGAGUUGGAUGUAUGCGGAGCCCCAGUCAGAGCGAGGGGACCUGGUCUACCAUGAACACAAGCCCAUCGCUAAGCUGCUUCCAGCCGGGGAGGAGCAGCCUGCAGGGGACAAGGAGAGGGCCAGUGGCAACAACAGCCUAGUGCGGCACGUCAACAACCCGCUAGAUAUAGCCGUAACACGGCUGGCCGAGCUGGAGAGGAACAUCGAGCGAAGGUACCUGAAGAGCCCCUUAAGUACCACCGUUCAGGUCAAACUGGAUAAUGUGCUGGGUACGGUCACUGUCCCUGCUCCCGCACCAUCCCAUAAUGUUGAUGGUGAAGGGGGGGAAGAGGGGCUGGCUCCGGGCAUGAAGGUGUGGCGCAAGGCCGUGGGCGAGGUCCGCAGCGCUGCCCAGCUGGCUCUCUGCGUCCAGCAGCUCCAGAAGUCCAUCGCAUGGGAGAGAUCCAUCAUGAAAGUGGCGAGCGGUCAAUCCCCCGAGAAUAAGAAGCAGCAGAGCCGAGCGGGAGCAGCCGGAGGAGGGAAGAGAGGCACCGAGGUAAAACGGAGCAGGAAGCUAUCGUCCGUAGCCAGCGCAGAGGUCUCCGAGGACGAUGCUGCCAGCAGCAGCACUCCAAAGAAAUGGAGCAAAGAGCCCAAAAAGAGGAAGAGCCUAGGAGAGGAGAGCCCAGCCACAAACCAGUCCAAGCAGGACAGUACUAGUCCUGUCUGUGGGAAGAAGGCUAAGACGGCCACGUCGGCCAGAGACGACGAUAAGGAUCUGAACUUGUGCAGGGUGCUACUGGCUGAGCUGGAGGUUCACCAGGAUGCCUGGCCCUUCCUGAACCCUGUCAACCCCAAAUCUGUCCCCGGCUACAAGAAAGUCAUCAGGAAACCCAUGGACUUCUCCACUAUCCGAGAGAAACUCGUUAACAGCCAGUACUUGAACCUCGAGACGUUUAUCAUCGACGUCAACUUGGUUUUUGACAACUGUGAAAAGUUCAACGAAGAUAAUUCGGACAUUGGGCGAGCAGGACACAACAUGAGGAGUUUUUUUCAGAAGAGAUGGACUGAGCUGUUAAAACAAACCAACUAGGGUAGUUUGUACUACUUUAUCCUCACUAUACUGUAUGGGACCAGCAGUAACCACUCUACACUCACAAGCAGGAGUGACAGUAUUGGUCUGAAGACUGUCUUCAAGACCUAAGGUUCAAGUCUCUCUGUCAGCAACCAGGGAAUCUUCAUUCAUUUACAAUUGUAAUGCUACGUAUUGACUUCACUGAUGUACAAUACUAGUUGUGUAAGAGCAAGGAAAUGCACCCAAAGAGUUUCAGACAAAAGGGGUGGGUGUUUUUAAAGUGCAAUACCAUUUCCUAGAAGAAACCACACUGAAUCCACCACCAACAGAGCUGUAACUGGGAACAAAAGCUUUCCAACUAACUGUACAUAUAAUAUUACAGUGAAUGUAUUUAAUUUUGCCAAUUAUUUAUCAGUGGAAAUGGUUUUCAUUUUCUAAGAAAAGGAAGAAAACUGCUUUAAAACAACAACAAAAAUCGUACGGAAUGUUUUGCGAACAUUAAAACAAAAGCCAAGGGGGGAAAAUGAAUUGUUUACACUGCUCUGUGCCUCCAGGGCGCCACAAGAUUCAUGACGGUAAUACUGUAAUGCUGCGUUUCAAUGUAUGUUUGCAUCGCUAACAUAACCUAGACAGUGAGGCAACAAUGGCACAUCUGUAUAUACUGUUUAUUAAUGUUAAUAUUAAGUCUUGAUGGUAAAAUGUAUGAUGUGUACAUACAGCACUGUUACAAGACACCUGAUAUUGUUUAUGCCUUAGAAUGAUUGUAGUGUUUAAUUUCAGUCUUAAAGUGAUAAAUACAUGUAUAUUGCCUGUACCGUAUAUCCUCUGCAAACACUGUGGUCUCCUCAAUCUUGGUAGUGCCUGCCCUCUCAAAAGUUUGUGGAGGAUAUUAUUUCAAUCUUUUGGUUUUGUAUUCCUUCGUGUGUGUGUGUGUGUGUGUGUGUGUGUGUGUGUGUGUGUGUGUGUGUGUGUGUGUGUGUGUGCGCGUGCGUGCGCGCCAGUAUACGAAAUGUCAACCCUCGUGGGCCUCGAAUUCUGACAUCUUCCGGUCAUAAGUAUAGAAUGCAUUGCGAUGCACAGUACCUUUCAUAAAAGCAUUUAUCUCUAUUUGCCUUGCCACAGACCCAAGGACACUGGAACAUUUUGUAAUAACCAGGGUAUUCCUGGUUAAAUUCCAUUUAAAUUCCAUUCAAUAUCAGGAAGUACACUGAAAUUCCAAUUAUCUUCAAUGCUUUUCAAUGAGGAAAAUUUGGAAUUAGAAUUUGGUUUCCUUUCUAAAUUGACUGGAUUUAAAUGGAAUUGAUCCCAACCCUGGUAAUAACCACUGUGUUUGGCCUACUGGUGGCAUCUUGAGCAGUGUUUUGUACCUGAGUCAGAGUACUUGAAGUUAUUUUAUUUAUGAAUAUUGUGAGGAAAAGUAGAAUUUUUUUGUAGGAGCAUUAUUUUUCACUAGUGUGUGUGGCACGGAUCUAAUAAAAAUGAUCUUUUUGAUUUCUGUA